GCUUCACCACCACCUCCAUUCUACCCACCACCACUACUUUACCCACUAUGACCUCCAAGUGCAUGACAGCCGUCACUAUCACCUCCACCCUACCCACCACUACGUCCACUGACACGCCUACCCUCAGCACCACCUCUACCCUAUACACCGCCAUCUCCACUGACACGACUUCCCUCACCACCACCUCCACUGUACCCACCACCACCUCCACUUACAAGACUAGACUCACCACAACUUCUACCCUAGACACUAACAGCUCCACUGACACGACUCCGCUCACCAGCACCUCUAUUGAUCCUACUACCCUCACCACUACGUCCAUUGCGCCCACCACCUCUACUUUACCUGCCACAUCCUCCAGGGACACGACUACCCUCACUAGCACCUCCACUGUACCCACCACAUCCUCUGAGACGACUUCCCUCACAACCACUUUCACUUUACCCAUUACCACCUCCACUGACAUGCCUACCCACACUGUCACUUCCUCUGUACUCACCACCAAUUCCUCUGAAACGAUUCCCCUCAUCACUACCUCCACUGUACACACCACCACCACCACUGACAUGACUACGCUUACCACCACCUCUACCCGACCCACCACCACCUCCACUGACACCAUUACCUUCACCACCACCUCCACUUUACCCACCACCAGCUCCAGUGAGACAACUACCCUCACCAUCAUAUCCACUGUACCCACCACCUCUACUUUACCUGCAACGACAUCCAAGGACACGACAACCCUCACCACUACCUCCACCCGACCCACCACCACCUCUACUGACACUACCUCCCUCACUAUCACCUCCAUUAUACCCACUACCACCACUGAAAAAAGUACCCUCACCACCACCUCCACUGUACCCACAACCACCUCCACUGACAUGACUUCCCUCACCACCACCUCCACUGUACCCACAACCACCUCCACUGACACGACUUCCCUCACCACCACCUCCAAUGUACUCACCACCACCUCCACUUACAAGACUCCCCUCACUAUCACUUCAACCCAACUCACCACUGGCUCCACUGCCAUGACUCCCCUGAUCAGCACAUCCACUAUACCCAUCACCAGCUCCAGAGAGACAACUACCCUCAGCAAUACUUCAACUAUGCAUACCACCUCCUCUACUAUUAGGGCUACCCUCACUACAACUUCUACUGUACCCACCACAUCUACUUUACCCGAAACGAUCUCCAUGGACACUACUACCCUCACUAUCACCUCCACCCAACUUACCACCACCUCCACUGAUACGACUCCGCUCACCAGCACAUCCACUGUAUCCAUUGCCACCUUCAUUGACACUAGUUCCCUCACCACUACAUCCAGUGUACCCACCACCACCACAACUGAGACGACUACCCUCAGCACCACCUCCACCCUACCCACCACCAGCUCCAGUGACGCAACUACCCUCACCACCACCUCCAAUGUACCCACCACCUCUGCUUUACCCACAACAACAUCCAAGGACAAAACUACCCUCACCACUACCUCCAUCGCAUCCACCACCACCUCUACUGACACUACCACCCUCACUAUCACCUCCACUAUACCCAAUACCUCCACUGACACGAGUCCCCUCACCACCAGUUCCACUUCCCCGCCCACCACCACGACUGAAAAAAGUACCCUCACCACCACCUCCACUGUACCCACGACCACUUCCACUGGCACAACUACCCUCACCACCACUUCCCCUGUACCGACAACAUCCUCUGAAGUGACUACCUUCACCACAAACUCCACUGUACCCACCACCUCCACUGACAAAAGGACCCUCACCACCACCUCCAGUGACACAACUCCCCUCUCAAGCAUCUCCAGUGUCCCUACCACCACUAACAUGACUACCCUCCCCACCACCUUGACCGUACCCAACACCACGUCCACUGAUAUAACUUCCCUCACAACAAGUUCUACUGUACCCACCACCAUGUCCACUGACAUGACUACCCUCACUACCACCUCCACUAUACCCACCACAACCUUCACUGACACAACUACCCUCAGCACCACUGUACCCACCAUCUCUACUUUACCCGCCUCGACCUCCAAGGACACGACUGCCCUCACUACCACCUCCAUCCUACCCACCAGCACAUCCACUGAUACACCUACCCUCACCAGCGCCUCCACUGUACCCACCCCCACCCCCACUUUCAAGACUACCCUCACCAUCACUUCCACCCAACUCACCACCUCCUCCACUGACACGACUUUCCUCACCAGCACAUCCAAUAUACCCACCACCACCUCCACUGACACAACAACCCUCACUAUCACCUCCACUGUACUCACUACCUCCACUGACACGAUUCCCCUCACAGCCACCUCCACUGUACCCAGCACCUCCACUGACACGACUACCCUCACCACCACUUCCACUUCCCCCAGCACCACUUCAACUGACACCUCUACCCUCAUGACUACCUCCCCUGUACUCCCCACCAUGUCCACUGACAAGAUAACCCUCAUCCUUGCCUCCACUGUGCAUUCCACGAUGUCCACUGAAAGAAAUACCCUCAUGACCACCUCCGCUGUUCCUACCACCACCUCCAGAGACACGAUUACCCUCUCCUCUACCUCCGCUGUCCUCACCACCACCUCCACUGACAUGACUACUCUCACGACCACCUCUAUUCACACUUCUCCCAUAACCACCACCUCCAUUGAACUCUCCUCCUCCACUUUACCCACCAAGACUUCCACUGAGAUGACUACCCUCACCACCACCUCCACUGUACCCAUCACCUCCUCUACUAACAUGACUACCUUCAAGAACAACACCGCUGUACCCACCACCAACUCCACUGCGUGCACCACCAUCUGUAACUCCUUACAGAACGUAAGCCGUAUGAGGCACAGUGUCCUUCGUAUGCUCAUCCCCUCUCCCAGAGUCAUUUCCCCAGUCAGUAGUACCAGAACCACAAUUUCUUCUUCAACAGCCAUCACAAGCACCCUGAGCCCCACAACUGAUCCAUGCCUCUAUCCAAUUCCCCCAUGGUACCCCACUGGUCCUCCUCCUACAGCGGUUCCCUGCAAGAACGGUGGCGUUGCCAACCUGAGCCAGUGUGUCUGCCUACCGGGCUACACGGGAGAGCUGUGUGAGUCCCCAUCGCCCCAUGACGCCUGCCAGAACGGCAGCACAGCCAUCGGAACCAAGUGCAUCUGCCUGCCUGGAUUCUACGGCCCCCGAUGUGAGUCCUACAAUAGCUCCAUGGCCUGCCAGAACGAGGGCACUCCCAUCGGAACAGACUGUGUCUGUCUCCCCGAUUACUACGGCGCCCGGUGUGAAUCCUCGAACAAAACCACCACGGCAACCCCUGUCAUUACGACCACCACCACUACCACCACCACCACCAGCACCACGACCCAGAGCAGCACCACCACCACCACCAGCACCCCAGCGCCCUGCCAGAACGGGGGCACUCACAACGGGAUCAAAUGCAUCUGCCAAGAUGGAUACUACGGCUCCCAGUGUGAAAACAGCAAUUGCAAGAACGGGGGCACCUGGAGCAAUGGUGGAUGCCUAUGCCCGUCCAGUUUUCAGGGUCCUGAGUGCCAAUACGCUUCUGAAGUCAUCGAGGUCAAAGCCGAGGUGAACGUAACAGUGGAAGUGAAGUUGCAGAUCAUCAGCCACAAAUUCACCCCCAAGCUGGAGGACAACACAACUCAAGAGUACAAAGAAUUCACCAUGUCAUUCAAACUGCAGAUGAAGUUGGUUUACAACAAUGUCCUGGGGUACAAAGACGUGGAGAUCCUGAAACUGAUGCAGGGCAGCGUCGUGGUGGAUCACAUUGUCAUCCUGGCUUUACCCGUCACCGAGGAACUCAACACAAACUUUGAGAAUGCGUCUGGGCAGCUGAAGACGCAGAUAGAGACGGCGGCUGAGAACCAGAACUGCAACAGCAACCUCUCCAUGAUGUGUUUCAACGCCUCCUCCGUUGAUGUCUCCAAUGGGACAAUGCCAGUGUUCAACGGCACCGAGUACUGCCAGAAAGUUGCCCCUGAAGGCUACAGCCAGUUCUACUUCCCUAACCUCACCAAGUCUGGCUUCUCCUGCAUCUCCAAUUGCACCAAGAGCACCCCCGGCUUCAUUAACUGCAACUACGGGCAGUGCCAGUUGACGAAAGCCGGCCCCCAGUGCAUCUGCUCAGAGCAGGAGUUGUACUGGUACCCCACUGAGCGCUGUGCCACCCGCAUCAGUAAAUUGGGUGUCAGUCUGGGCAUGGCCAUCGCAGUGCUGGUGAUCGUGAGUGCAGUCCUCGGUGCCUUUCUGUUCAGAGCCAAGAGGAUGAAAAACCAGUUCAGCCUGCAUUCGGAGAAGGCCAACGCUGAGAUGUGGUUCGAGGACGAUGAUCUUGAGUGGAACACCACAGGGAGCUUCCGCUACAGGAACGAAGGAGCCGACUCCUGGAAAGGCUCGGAUGGGACCAGCUCCUUCAAGAUUAACAUGGAAUCUGUCCACACCUCUCUCCCGCAGGUCAUCAUGAGCGACAUCACCCUCAUGAGGAUCUCUGACAGCGAGAAAGAGCGAAUGCUCCGGGAAAGCCUCCAAAGACCAGGGCCGUAUGCCGCCCUGCUGUGCAGAGCAAUGAUUCCCGAGUACUUGCUUGUCUCGUGGCGUGGCAACGUGUCCUACUACGGAGGACCCAAUAAGGCCGCUCUCCCCAAGAACCUAAUGCAGCGGAGUGAGUGGGGCCGGGAGCACCGGACUGUUUGGCUUCUCCUCGCAGAGUAG